UUGGAAAAAUUCGAGAGGGGUGGGUUUCAAAUUUGCCUCUCUCUCUCUCUCUCUCUCUCAUCGUGCUAGCUUCUUAUGGAGGACGCCAACACCUUCGAUCCGGACCUCGUUCAUGCCAUUUUUAAGCUCGUGUGGAACAGAAGAGCCCUCGAGCGAGAAAGGAACGAAGGCGCUGAUGCUUUGGAUAUCCAGGUUGGUGCAGGAGCAUCGAAAAAGAAUCGGCCGACAUAUGCUAAUGCAAAUGCACUCAAGCUGAGCUGUGAACUUCUCCGAAUCUUUAUCACAGAGGCCGUGCAGCGUGCUGCUACGAUUGCUGAAGCAGAGGGUGUUAGUAAAAUUGAAGCAACUCACUUGGAGAGGAUUCUCCCUCAGUUACUUUUGGAUUUUUAAGGCAAUGCAACUUGGGAGUAGUAGUACAAUGUAAUGUUUGUGUUAAAUAGAGCACCGAAUGCACUGUCUGUUGCAUGAGUUGGACAACUUUGCAGAUCAACCCGAUAUAAUUCUAGUCCACAAUGAUUAAUUUUUGUACUGCUUCCGUUGGUCUUAUGUCUGCACUCCACGCAUUUGAAUCUUUGAUCUUCCAUCUAAAAGGUAGGAUUGUUCCCCACUGUCCAUGAAUUGCAUUGUAGCAAAUUAAUAUGACUAGUGCACCAUAAUAAAUGCAGUUUUGAUACCAACAAAAUGCUGUUAGAAUUCUACUGGUACCACUCAAAUUGAGCUUGGUUUAAAACCAUGUAUCUCUAUACAGUAUGGUAGCAAGCUUCUCUUUGGGUGGUUUCUUUGAGAUAAUCAUGCUUCCAUAGUUCCAUGUGGAUAGCUUUCGUUGAUUGAUUGAGCUCUUUUACUACUGUUUGUUGAAAGCACAAAUAGAAACUGAAACUUCAUUACCUAAAAAAGUCUCAAUGUAGAACUCAGUCCACAUGAAAGAAGAGAGGAAAUAUCAGCAUGAACUGAAAUCGAAAGUUGAGACCACAUGGUUGCUGUGGAUAUUAUAAAUGAUCUACUAAUUUCCAAAGACUUACAGUUGAUGCUUACUUGCAUAGAAAAUACGACUAACAGCUUUCAAAUCUUCCUGGAGGUUUACCUUGCUUAGCAGUAAUAGAAAAAAGCUUUAUUUAAAAUUCAUGAUAUUUGUAUAGCCGAUAGAACUUAUGAAUUUAGUCUCAAGGCUGUAAAAUUUUGCACUGGAUUAUCUCUCCUCAUGAGCAAUGUCCUUGUGUGAUCGUUUUCUUAUCAUGAUCGAGAUUGAAUAUGCUGCUUUUAUUUUUUUGAAUAAUUGUU